AUGCACCUCGUCCACGCGGUUCUGCUACCUGGCAUCAUUGUCUUUGUAUCCAACGGGAUUUUGCUCCACGCCGGUGCGCUCCAUGAGGACGAGAUGGGUGUCCUUGCUGGUCGCCAGCUCCGAGCGGCCACCGGCAGACUAGGCGUAUCUUCGCUUGCAGAGGAAUUCGCGGAAGGAAUUAAAACUAUCAACGGACGCGCGACCUUCAUCCGCGACAGAGAGUAUGGCGAUCACUUUCGGAUUCUGAAUCCGCUAGAUGUGUUUUUUGGAGAACUUUUGGCCUCUAAGGAGAGUUUUAAAAGAUUGUCUACCGAUAAUUCGAUUCACCAACAGCUGCGACGUGUACUCCAAUCGCAUCAGGAAGGGGGUGACGUCGAGUAUAAUACUGUGAUGGAGUACCUGGUGCGAACAUUCGAACCUCCGGAACUUGAACGUAUCAUGGGAAUGCUCAAGAACAACGAAGAUGGAGCAGCUAAAAGUUUUGCAAAGGAAAUAAAGGACUACCUUGAACAAUUGUAG